AUAUGUUUAAUGUAAUACUUUGUAUUUACCGUAAAGGUCAAUGUUUUAUGAAUGGUUGUACUGUUUUACUUGUCCUUUUAUGUGAGUAUAAACAUGUCAAACCAAUCAAAACGCGAGACUGUUAUGCGGUUCCAUCCCAAAAACCUGGCAUGUGUCAGACUUCAUCUGUAGCGACUGUGAUUUGCUAGUAUUAACCGAGAAUUCUUGAACUGCAUUACGGUCAGUGUAGUCUUACAUUCACUGUUCGUUACAAUACUAUACCACAGAAAACUACAUUUACCAGGAUUCAACGCAACGAUUAACUACGUUAAGCUAGGUGUCUUGGGAAGUUUAGUUCUGCUUUAUUUAUUUUUUCCUGAGAGACUUUAGCGUUUGACUGAGUAACUUGUUUUUGAUUUUUUUUUUCUAUAGAGCAUUUUUUUUAAUGAAGACUCUUUAAUAGAAUUAUUGCGAACGACAGAUGAACCAGCUAUAAAGCCUAAAAAAAAACUACAAAGACCAGAAAUUCCUGGCGUCAGUUUUUUUGUCCUGCGCGUAGCCAAUCCAUGUGAUGAUGUAAACUGGCAGCUGUAAAUGGGAAUAAAGGGAAAAGGGGGGUAAACUGGAUAUUGCAAAGAUGCGAGUUAAGAGAACAAAAAUCACGCCACAGAGUAGAAGUUGCUUGUAUUUGGCUUGAGAUGGUGGAUUUGACUUUUGGUUUCUGGAAAUUCGAAUAACAUUAAUGAAGAAGGUUCUGAAGAAGAAAUUAGGACAGUCACACCCAUAUCUUCUCGGGACACCCCUGAUCAGUAUUACAUAUUUAUGACUGCUUGUUUUUAGGAUGCAGAUUAUUUAAUGGUUAUUGUUUUGCCAUUUGAGAAACGUGUGUGGGGGGAGGGGGGUGUCUAUAAAAUGAAACUAUGUAUUUCUAUUUGUAAUGUAAAAUGCGUUGCUGAUUCAGAAGGAAUAGUGUGACGAUGACUCAUUUGGCGAGUACGUUUGAUAAGAGUUACAAUUGAUUGAGUUCCGCGAUACAUUAAUAGUGUUCAGCAUUAAUGUAACAAUGUAUACUUUCGUUGCCCGAGAUGAAAACAGCAGUGUUUUUGCCGAUGUGGCCAAAAGGCUCGUGUCCACUGGACAAUGGAAGCGACUAAAAAGGGACAAUCCUAGAUUUAACUUAAUGCUGGGAGAAAGGAACAGACUGCCGUUUGGAAGACUGGGUCAUGAACCAGGAUUGAUGCAGCUUGUGAAUUAUUACAGAGGAGCUGACAAACUGUGUCGCAAAGCAUCAUUAGUCAAACUAAUCAAGACCACUCCAGAACUGUCCGAAUCAUGCAGCUGGUUGCCUGAAUCCUAUGUGAUCUACCCCACCAAUCUCAAAACCCCUGUAGCUCCAGCCAAGAAUGGCAUCAACCACAUGAUGAACAAUCCAAAGACAGAUGAGCGGGAGGUGUUCCUGGCGUCCUACAGCCAGAAGAAGGAGGCUGGCGAAGGCUCUGUAUGGAUAGCCAAAUCUUCUGCAGGGGCUAAAGGGGCUGGAAUUCUCAUCUCUUCAGAUGCCAAUGAGCUAUUAGAGUUCAUAGAUGAUCAAGGCCAAGUUCACGUGAUCCAGAAGUACUUGGAAAAACCUCUAUUGUUAGAACCAGGCCAUCGCAAAUUUGAUAUCAGAAGCUGGGUGCUGGUGGAUCACCAGUAUAGCAUCUACCUCUAUAAAGAGGGUGUGCUGCGGACAUCCUCUGAGCCCUACGACAGCUCUGAUUUGCAGGACAAAACCAGCCACCUGACAAAUCACUGUAUCCAGAAGGAGCACUCGAAAAACUACGGCAAAUACGAAGAGGGCAACGAGAUGUUUUUCGACGAGUUCAGUCAGUAUUUAUUAAACUCUCACAAUACUGCCCUGGAUAGCAGCAUUUUACCUCAAAUCAAACAGAUAAUAAGGAGUUGCUUUCUGUGUAUCGAACCUACAAUCAGUACCAAGCACCUGUCAUACCAGAGCUUUCAGCUGUUUGGAUUCGACUUCAUGGUGGAUGAAGAUCUGAAGGUCUGGCUGAUUGAAAUCAAUGGAGCACCAGCAUGUGCCCAGAAGCUUUACCCUGAGCUCUGUCAAGGAAUAGUGGAUGUGGCGAUCUCCAGCAUCUUUCCCUUGAGUGACUCCUCACAGAAGCCACCCAGCCAGCAGUCCCCAUUUAUCAAGCUGUAAACAGAAAAGGACCUCUGCUAUUUCAAAUUCAAGCUGUUCCCCCACCUCAUGCAUUCCUGAUACCACCAGUUGCGCUGGUUUUAAUUUGAGUGCCAAGUGAAACGGGAGGAGAAAUCUCUGGAGUGCACAGUAGGCAGAGAAGUGCAGCGCAAAAGGAAUACACUUCAAAAUAAACCCAAAUGCCGCCAAUACUAGAUUGGCACAGAACUUUUUUUUCUUGCAAAUUCUUCUCCAGAGUAUUCCAAAAUAUAGCCCACAUAUUGCAUGAGCAACGUUUAUUAAAAUCAAUGGGUAUUUUAUUGCAGUAGGAAUCUGAUAUAUCCUGGAGCGCUGCUGUGCAGAAUUUAUGAAUAUCAAAAGGAUUUCAAAGCGUGCAGAAGAGGUGGUCUCACAGUCACUUACUGUGAAAAGAAGUAGAUUGCUGAAUUGCUGUACCACCCUCAAUGGUCUUCUAAAGGACUGUAGCACAUGGUUGUAAGAUCUCAAUAUUUUACUUUUUAUCAUACAGGACCUUUGACUUUAGUGCCUUAUAUCCCACCCCUACUACCCCCCCCCCCCCCCCAAGUAUAAUAACGAUCCUAUUUUUAAGCUUUGUGCAAAGUAUAGUAACACUGUUCAAUGUUUACCUUUGACCAUUUACUGUUGACAGAGCUGUCAUUAUGACUGAAAGCAGUUCGGAUAUCUCUUUUGGGAAAUCUGCUCACAGACAAAGCAAUCGUGAUGCAUUCGGAGAUUCGUCUAAUGAAUAAACUCUGGUCAGCCUAUCCUAGUACCCAAAUGCUUAACAAUUCACUGUCGCCUCCUGCAACCGGGUUGGCAAAAGUUGUUUUUGAAAAGUUGUAUUAUAGGCCCUGGGUAUCCUGUUCUUUUAAACUGAAGGAAAUUAUGAAGUUAUGCAGUCAAUGGAGCCAACGUGGAGCAGUAUUUAUUUUGAAUCACUUGUCUAGUCAGUUGGUGACCCCAGAAUUAUGGCGUUGGGGAAGAAUGAAGUUCAGUUUGAUACUACUUAUGUUUAUGGAUUUUGAUUUGCGUCUGUCAUAUGUGGAUCUAUCAUUAUAUUUAUGCUGUUCAAAACAAGCCUGCAUUUGUAUUUUUAGAAUGAUCUUAAUAAUAAUAAUAAUAAUUUUAGCCUAGA